AUCUGGCAUCAGCCUCCACUCGCACCCAGGCUUCUCCCAUCUGCCUAACGGGUUGUACCCUUCCUACAUUCCCCUGAAUCAUCUCGAGCCCCCCAGCAGCGGCAGCCCCCUCCUAGCCCAGCUGGGUCAGCACAGCCUCUUCGAGUCCCAGAAAGAUGGGUUUUACCUGUCCGGCCAUGCGGGGCAGCCAGCCUUGCAACCCCAAGCCCCUAUCUCGAGGACGGCAGCCAAUCACACGCCAAGUGCCCUGCUGCGCGAGAAAGAUCUCGGGCACCUGCACAAGAGCUCGAAGGAGGGCAUGAAAGACCCCCCUGGCAAGGAGCGGGCAUGUAGGAGCGACCUCUCCUUGCCUUUCUCCAAGAAGGACAGCAAGCAGAAAGAGGAGCCCCGGCCACGCAGCGUGGUGGAUCUCACCCAGGACACCAAGCCCGACAGCGAGCGGAAGGUGGCUGGCUUGGUGAAGGCGGGGGAGCGCCUGUCUCCUUUCCUCAUGGAGCACAUGCCAAAUCGGGGGGCUGGCAGCGGAGAACCAAAGUCCAAGAACCCGCUGCAGACCUCUUCCCUCAGUAACUGCAAUGGUGGCGGGGACCCCAUGCUGAAAGUGCUGGGGGUUGAGCAGGACCGGUGUGCCAAGGACCCCAGCCGGCACGACGAGAACAUGAGGCCUUCUGCUCACGCCCACCCCGACAGGCUGAAAAGGGGUGACUCCAUCCUGACUUCAGUUGGUGCGUUGCACGUUUCCUGCAGUUGCCCCUCCCCGCACGCGGCUCCCCCGGGGAAGAUGGUGCCCUCCUCGACAUUCCCUCCGCAGCCUGUCCAUUCCAACAUGUACACCAUCUUCCCCCCGGCCAAAGAGCCGGGGAGGGAACACAAAGUCAUUGCCCCCACCUUCGUGCCUUCGGUCGAGGCCUACGAUGAGAGGAACGGGCCCAUCCAGAUCGCCUCCCAGGCCCGGGACAACAAAGCGAAGGACAAGGACAUGGGCAAGGUGGGUGUGUUGCAGUCGCCGACAGAGCGGUGUCUUGCUGACACCACUCGCACCCUCUUGUCCCAGGACUUCUCUUGCCACAGCGACGCCAAAAGGAUGGAGGCCUUGAGGGAGAAGGGGUCAGUGAUCAGGGCCAACUCUAUGGCGCUGAAGAGGCAGGUGGCUUCAGAGCCUUUCCUGAACCGGCCCGGGCUCGGGUCUCCGGAGAGCAGGGAGUUCCUGGCGGCCAAGGACUUGAUGAAGCCGAGUCCGGACGUGGAACACCGUGCCUGCGAUCGAGACCGCUUCCCCCGCGCUGGCUCCAAAGAGUCAGCAAAGGUCUACGGCACUUUGGACUCCUCCAGGCAGCACCUGGACCAUGGCCAACUGAAGCCCCCUGAGCAGAAGUGGAAGCCCUUUGAGAUGGGCAACUUCGCCACCACCCAGAUGGCAGUGCUGGCCGCCCAGCAUAACCACGUCAACCGGGUGGAGGAGGAAGCCAAGAAGGUGUACCUUGACCCCAGUGGCCUGCAGAGGUCCUCGGUGGUAGGGUCCCGGGGCUCUGCAGACAUUCUCCACCCCACUUCCCAUGGCGAAGGGUCUGCCAUGCAGAGCCUUAUCAAGUACAGCGGCAGCUUUGCCAAGGAGAACGCAGCCCGGCAAAGCUGUGGCAAGAAGAGCCCGUUUGGUGGGCUUGGGAACAUGAAGCCGGACUCUUCGCAGCUGGGAGCCUCUAAGGGGCAGCAGCUGCUGUCCCAGCCUAUGGGGAAGCAGCUGAAGAGAGACCCAGAGAGGCCAGAGAGUGCCAAGUCCUUUGGCCGCGAGAGCAUCGGCUCCCAGGGCGAGGUGGAGGUGAGGCACCUGCCUGUCGGCAUCGCGGUGGCAGUGGCGCGGCAAAAGGACAACAGCAGCAGCAAGCUGGGGCCCAGCCUGGCGGACCGGGAUCGCUCCCUUUCCCUGAGCAGCAUCAAAGGGCACGGCCGCUCGGACGAUGACUGCGGGGAUGACCGGAGCCGCCACCGGGACAGCCACCUCCUGGCAGGGCGUUUGGAGCGAGAUCAAGAGAAGCUGCUGAGAGAAAGCAAGGAGCUGGCAGACUUCGCUCGGAUACACCCCUCUGGCUGUGCCACCAACGGUUUGAACUCCAACCUCAUGGUGACAGGGGGGCCAACCCUGGCUGGCUCAGGGCGCUGGUCUGCUGACCCUGCUUCUCACUUGGCAGCUCACCCGUGGCUCCCCAGGACAGGUAGCCCUUCCAUGUGGCUAGCUGGCCACCCCUACGGACUUGGACACCCUUCCUUGCAUCAAGGCAUGACUCCGGGCUUCCCCCCUGCCAUGGGCGGCGCUCUCCCUUCUGCCUACCAGUUUGUCAGAGAUCCUCAGUCUGGGCAGCUAGUUGUGAUCCCCAGUGAGCACUUGCCACACUUCGCUGAGCUGAUGGAGCGCACCCCCCCUCUCUGGCCAGCGAUGUACCCUCCAACCAGAAGCUCCCUCCAGCACGCGCACCAGCUCCAGCUGCUGUCUCACCAGCAGCUGCUUCGACAGCACGAGCUAUACAUCCUGCAGCAGCAAGCCGCGCAUGCCAUGGAGCUCCAGAGGAGCGCACAGCUGGUGGAGAGGUUAAAAGCCAAUGAGCAUCGAGCGGACAUGGAAGAGAAGAUUAGCAAACGUAGCCUGGACAAUGCCAAGUCAGGCCUGUCCUCCUCCACAUCGGGGCUGCUGCACCGGAAGCCACCCGUCCUGUCUCCGAGCACCUCCACGUCCUACAGCAAGGCUGUGAGUCCACCCCCCCUGUCUCCCAGAGCCUCGCCUGUGUCUGUGCUCAAAGCUGAGGUGAUCCAAAAGAUGGAGGCGCCACCUACACAGCCAGCCUACUCCUAUCCCGCCACCCCCAGCUCCCAUCCUUCUAGCCCGCCCCCUGCCUCUCCACCCCCUGCCCCUACCAUCCCUCCAAAAGAAGAGACACCUGAGAAUGUGGAGAAGAAAGACUUGGAACUGAGGAAAGAGGCCACCAGUCCAUUCCAGGCCUUGUUCCCAGAGAUCCCACCAGGGUAUCCAUUCCAGUCCCUUCCCGCCUCCUUCGGACGCCAUUAUCCUUACCUCCUCCAGCCCACGGCAGCUGCUGAUGCGGAUGGCCUGGCUCCUGACGUCCCCCUGCCUGCGGAGGGCUCUGAGCACAUGGAGCUUUCUCCAGAGGUCAAGCCCAUACACCUGUCCCCGUCCAAAAUGCUGGAGCCCAUUCAGGCCACAGUGGAAGAAGAGGCCUUGGAAGAGAGGGUGAAGUCGGAAGUGGAGAUGGAUGAAAGCCAGGAAAGGAUCUGCGAGCAGGACAUGGAAGCUCUGAACAUGGCCACUUCCACUGCCGUCCCCGUGCAGAACAUGGACAGCUGCAGUCUCCUGUUGCGCCAAGGGGAAGCCUUGAGCGCUAUGGAGCAGGAGCAAGAGGCUCUCCAGAGCUGUCAGCAAGCCUACCAGGUUGUGGCCUGCCCUGCAGAAGCAGAGGCCCAGGCUGAGGCAGGCAGCGGGCCAGAGACCUGCUCAGUGCAUAUGGAGUAUGAGAGCUCACUGAUGCACGCAGAGAGCGAGCAGCCAGAGAUGGACGUGAAGCCCGAAGGGGAGGAGCCUUCCUUGGCCAUGGACCUGCAAGGCAGUCACUUACCUCAAGGACGGGAGUUUUCCAGCUUGCCUUCAGCUGAGGGGGAGCAGGGCCCAGAGAUUCCCCCGUACGCGGAUGAGGCCAUGUCCUGCCAAAUCCCAGCUCUGGACAUCAAGCCUGAUGACCCACUGGCAGGCAUGAAUGCUUUAGUAGCUGCUACAGAGAUGCCUCAGGCUUGCUCCUUGCUGACCACCAGCGUCAUAACCCACUCCCAAGUGACCACAGAGGCAUCCCCCGACCCGUCGCUGGAGCACUCCUUCCUGCAGGGGAUCACCCUGCUGAGUGAAAUCGCAGAGAUGGAACUGGAGAAGAGGAAACAAGAAAUGCAAACAGAUCCAGAGAACUGCCCCAUCCGCCCCACCCUGGAGAGUUUGCUGGCGGCCAGCACCCACAUGCUGAUGGAGGUGCUUUCCACCCCGUUCAUGGACAGUCUGAAAACCAUCCGGCUGCCUCGAGAGCUGAACCCCAACAAGAAGUACAGCUGGAUGCAGAAGAAGGAUGAACCUAUGUUCUCCAUCAAGUCCGCCAUCGAGAACAUGGAUGCCAUGGAGCUGGACUACAGGAUGCGGCUGGCUGAGGUGCAGCGGCGGUACAAGGAAAAGCAGAGGGAGCUGGUGAAAUUGCAACGGCGCAGGGACUCUGAGGAAAAGCAUGACGAGAAAAGUAGAAGCUUGGUGCGAAGAGGCCCAGGAAGGCCCAGGAAGAGGAAGCAUGGAUCGAGCGGUCUGUCGCCCCUUAAGGAGAGAGGGAAGAGUGACAGCAAGAGCGGAAAACUGAGCAAGUCCUUACUGCUGUCCGAGGACUCCGAGACUGGCGAGGGGAUGAAGAAGAGGCACAAAGGGGCCCUCCCUGAGGAGGACGAGGACGCCGAGAGCGGCGGUGGGAAGGUGAAAGGGAGGAACCAGAGUUGGGAGGAGCACGAGGCAGUGUCCAGCUUUUCCAAUGAGCUAAAGAUCAAGAAGAAGAAGAUGGCGUCAGAUCAGGAGCAGCUGGCGAACAAGCUGGACAAAGCCCUGUCACUCACCAAACAGGACAAGCUCAAAUCCCCCUUCAAGUUUGCAGACAGCUCUGGGGGGAAACAGAAGACCAGCGGAGGCAGUGUCAGCAGGUACCUGUCGCCCCACGAGCCCCUGUUGAGCAAGGAGGAGAAGAAGAGCAUGGCUAAGAGCCUCAGCUUGUCGCUGAAAACCUCCAAAGAAGGUAAAAAUAAAAUGGCUGCCAAAAUGAAGAAGAUGGAGGUGGGGUUAAAAGUCAAAAGUCAGCUGAAAGUUUCGCAUUCAUCAGCAAUAUCUGAAGCUAGCAGCUACUCCUAUAAUACGGACUCGGAGGAAGAUGACGAAUCCCUGAAGGACGAGUGGCCUUCUCAGUCUCCCUCCAGCUCCAAAAUGAGACCCCCAAAUCUCUACAGCGUAGUGGCCAAAAAAAGCAGCAAGCCAGCCGGGGGCCUCAAGCCAGCCAAGAGGGGCAUGGCUGCCACUAGGACUCUCAAAUCUAAACCGGCCGCAAGCAGGAAGCAGCAGUUUUGCUUGCUGCUGCGGGAGGCCGAGGCUGGAUCUUCGUUCAGUGACUCUUCGGAGGACUCGUUCGAUCAAGAUUCUAGUUCGGAGGAGGAGGAAGAGGAGGAUGAAGAGGAAGAGGAGGAAGCGGAGGACUAUGGGCUGGACAGCAACAACAGGCUUUCAUCCCCAGCCCUGGACGAGAGUGGCUUGGGACUGCUAGCAAGGUUUGCUGCCAGCGCGAUGCCGAGCCCCAUUGUUCCCCCUCCACUUUCCAUUGUCCAGCUGGAGGCCAAGCAGAAGGCAAAGAAGAAGGAAGAACGGCAGAGCCUGAUGGGGACGGAGUUUGAAUACACCGACUCGGAGAGCGAGAUUAAGAUCCGGAAGAAGUCUCCCUCGGGGCUGCUGCGUGGCAAGAAGGGGCUGAUGGACCAGGGCAGUGCCGCACCCAGCCAGACAGCCAGCAUCUUGGACCCCAGCCCUGGGAGCAGCGACAAGGUCAAGGUCGGGGUGGAGAAGGGGCGGAAGCUGAAGAAGUUCAAGUCACCCAAGGACCUGAGCUUCGAGUUCGGGCUGGAGGUGAGUGAUGAUGACCUGUGGAACCGGCGCCGGAGCGAGCGCAUCUUCCUCCAUGAUGCCAGCACCUCGUCCUCAGUGCUGACGCCGGCCCCUCCAGCCAGCUCCACCCCUGUCUCCAAGCCUGCCCGCUGUGGGAAGGGGGCACCUUUGAGUCCCAAGAAGGACGGGAACAAAGGGAAGGAAAGGAAAGACCUGAACAAGCAGAGGAAGAAGGGUAAAGACGGCCCGUGCUGCUCCUCCUCCUCUUCCAUGUCUCCCCCUGGCAUCCCCAGCUCCCCUUCCGACGUCCGGGUCAGCCUGGCCACCUCCCUGAGCUCCAACAAGAAGAGUAAAGCCAAGGUGAAAGCAAAGGAGGUGAAGAAAGAGAACCGAGGGAAGGGAGGGGCCGUCAGCAAGCUGAUGGAGAGCAUGGCUGCGGAAGAGGAUUUCGAGCCCAAUCAAGACAGCAGCUUCUCCGAGGACGAGAAUCUCCCCCUGAGCAUGCUCGUGGAGCGGCCGCCUACCCCGGCGCCCCGCUCCUGUAUUAUCGACAAAGAUGAACUGAAAGAUGGGCUGAGGGUCCUCAUUCCCAUGGAUGACAAGCUGCUGUAUGCCGGGCACGUGAAGACUGUGCACUCGCCUGACAUAUACCGUGUGGUGGUGGAAGGGGAAAGAGGAAACCGUCCCCACAUCUAUUGUCUGGAGCAGCUUCUGCAGGAGGCGAUCAUUGACGUGAAGCCCCCAUCGGUGCGAUUCCUCCCCGAAGGAACAAGGAUUGCAGCCUACUGGAGCCAGCAGUACCGCUGCCUGUACCCGGGGACAGUCGUCAGAGGGGCCCUUGAUCUGGAGGAAGAUGGAGACCUGAUAACGGUGGAGUUUGAUGACGGGGACACUGGACGGAUCCCCCUGUCCCACAUUCGACUCCUCCCACCUGACUACAAGAUCCAGUGCGCAGAGCCCUCCCCAGCCCUCCUGGUGCCCAGCACCAAGCGCCGCAGCCGUAAGUCCAGCAAGGAUGCUGGGGAAGGGAAGGAGAGCGCUGCCCUGGGGUCAGAGGAGCCAGCUGCAAAGGGCAAAGGGCGUGGGAGGAAACCGAACGUCAAGCCGAAAGCUGAUGUGGCCGCCCUGCCGGAAGAGGCCAGCCUGGCAGAGUCGGCCUCCAGCGCUGCUUCUGCUCCCGAGAAGACAAUCUGCCUCAGCAAGCAGACCGCGAAGGGGGCACGGAAGAGCCAACAGCUCCCCGCGGGAGGCUCCCCGGUGCCCGCUGAGGAGAAGCGAAACAAAGCCAGCAAAAUGAAAAUCUCCGCUAAGCUGCACGGCCCAGCCCAGCCUUCGUUCCAGCCGCCUGUUUUUGGUGGCGUCAUCAGCCCGGAGCCCUACAGCGAGCUGCCCGGGCCGCUGGGGACCUUCAGCCCUGCAGACACCCCCUCUGGGAAGGCCAAAGGCAAAAAGGGCCGGUCGGCCGAGGAGGGGCAGGAGUUUAGCUCGACGGCCAAGGCUCAGAGGAAGCAGCCAGACAGCGAGAUCCUCAUCAAGCUGGACCACGAGGGCGUGAUGUCUCCUAAGACCAAGAAGAUGAAGGAAGCCAUGAGGAUGCUGGAGGACUCGGGUCUGGCGAGCCGGAGGGAUGGCAAGGGCGUGCUGAGCUUGGGCUACCCCUCGGCCAUGAGUGGUGACGCCAAGCAGAAGUCCUCCCGCACCAAGGUGGCAGAGGGGGAGCCUUCGGCAGGCAGCUUUGGGAGCUCCGGGGAAAGCCUGGCUGCCUCGAAGGAUCAGGAAGACAAAGCCUCGCCCGCCGGGGCCAGGGAGGAGUCGGAAAGCAACAGCAGCGACAGCAGCUCGGAGUCGGAGGGUGAGGAGGAAGCAGAGAAGAACGGGGGCGAGGCCCAGGACAGCAGCUCAGCCAGCUCACGGGCCUCCACGCCACUCUCCUCCUCCAACUCCUCCUCCUCCUCCAGCAGCAGCAGCUCCUCCUCCUCCUCCUCCUCAUCAUCAUCCUCCUCCUCAUCCUCUGCCUCCUCCACUUCAUCCUCCUCCAGCUCCAGCUCCUCCUCCUCCACCACGGACGAGGACUCCUCAUGCAGCUCGGACGAGGAGGCAGCCGAGGCCCAGCCCAGCUCCUCAGUCCAGCCCGCCCUCCCUCCAAAGCCAGCCAAGCAGGCUGGGAAGUCCCGCGCCUCUUCCCACCCACCAGGCCAGAAGCAGCCACCGCCACCUCCGCAGCAGCAGCAGCAGAAGCAGCAGCAGAAGCAGCAGCAGGGCGGCAACAAGAGCAGACCCAAGAAGCGCGAGGGGAUCCAUCUGCCCACCACCAAGGAGCUGGCCAAGCGCCAGCGCCUGCCCUCCGUGGAGAACAGGCCCAAGAUCGCGGCUUUCCUCCCUGCCCGCCAGCUCUGGAAGUGGUUUGGGAAGCCCACGCAGAGACGAGGAAUGAAGGGGAAGGCCAGGAAGCUGUUCUACAAGGCCAUCGUCCGCGGCAAGGAGAUCAUCCGCAUUGGAGACUGCGCCGUUUUCCUGUCAGCCGGCCGGCCCAACCUACCCUACAUCGGCCGGAUCCAGAGCAUGUGGGAGUCGUGGGGUAACAACAUGGUCGUCCGGGUCAAAUGGUUUUACCACCCGGAGGAAACCAACCCCGGGAAGAAGCUCAACGAAGGCAAGCGCUGGGAUCAGAAAUCUGGCAGGAGUCUCUCCACGGCUUUGCAGGCAUCCAACCAGAGGAAGGACUUCAUGGAGCGAGCGCUGUACCAGUCCUCUCACGUGGACGAGAACGACGUCCAGACCAUUUCUCACAAGUGUCUGGUGGUCGGACUGGACCAGUAUGAGCAGAUGCUGAAGACGAAGAAGUACCAAGACAGCGAGGAUCUCUACUACCUAGCAGGGACGUAUGAGCCCACCACAGGCAUGAUCUUCAACACAGACGGGGUCCCGGUCAUCUGCUGACGGCCUAGGAAGAGCGGAGCGCCAGAGCCUGUGCCAUCCAACUAGGGAGUCCCGGUGCCCCUUGAGGAGAGGGGCUGGGUGACCCUGGUGAUGUGCCUGUUCAGACGACAUGAUUGUUUCCUUUAAUGCUCACGACUUGUGUGUCACGCUAUGGAUGGGGCUUCACAGGGAGGAGAGAGUGCGAGUGAGCGGCACGAGCAGGGUGUGGGGGCAGCAAACGUAGGACUUCGGGAAGGUGCCUUCAGGACAGCAGGAGAGAUCAGAUGCUGCUGCUCUUACGGGAGAACGGAGUGGCUUUAACUAAGGAAACCACUAGUUUCUUCCCUCCUCCUCCACACCCUGGAGGGCUGACAGCGUCGUCAUCAUUUCACUGGCAGGAUGACAUCCCAAAAGGACGGCUUGGGGGUUUGCCUCCCUCAACGGGCCACCUUGCCUAGGAGGAGCUCUGCUAACAACAGCCCCCUCCCAUGGCAUCUCCCUUCUUGCCAACUGCAUGCAGCCUUGGGGAGAGGAAGAGGUGGAAGAGAAGGGCGAAGGGGCUCUGAGCACCUCAGCUCAAAUGGGCAGGGGCACCUUUGAUUGGUUUCCCUUCUUUUAAGGCCACUGGCUGCCGGCUGGGGAGGGCGACAGGGAGCAGGCAGUCGUGGGGAUGGAGUCAGGAGGCAGAGCUGUAGGCGGACGUCCCUCCACGGGGAGGAGGAGCCGGGGGGAAGAGGAGACGAUUUCCAAAGCCGCAUCGUGUCAACCUUAGUGCAUGCUGCACAGUUUGGCUGGAGUCAGUGAUUCAAGGCAGGGGUAGGGUGGGGAAUGGGAUGGGCUUCAGUCCGAGGGGUGGAGAACAGCAGGUGGAGAUCUCCUUUUUGGGGAUGCAGGAGAGGGAGGUUGAGCAAAGCAGUUUUGAAACAGUGAAGCCGCUUCUUGAAGUUUGAUGAGAGGGAUAGAGGCCACCGCCCAGUGCUUCUGCUGGCCCGGGCAGGACUCCUUGGAUCUCCCACAGAACGGAGCACCCGAGUGUCCCCCGCCGCCUACCGAUCAAGGAAGAUCUCGCUCUCCGGUUCCCUGUGCAGGAGAGAGCAGCACCUACCUCGCCCAGCAACCUCGAUGCAGGGAUGCAGUCCAUCUGUCCCUCCUGGGCCUGGUGACCGGGUCACCUGAGAGCAUUGGGGACUGGAGCAAAGAAUCAGCGUGGCUGGGGCCACGUGGAUGACCUCCUUGGACGUCACUGAGAUCAGAUGCAACGUCACCCUUUUCCAAGAAGCCGGCUCUCCAUCUUGUUGGCCAUCCCCAGCUUUGCCACCUGCCUUCAAGUCUGCUCUGGGGGAAGCUGGUUUUGGAUUCUGGGGCACGGAGGGCCCUUGCUCGCAGAUGGAGCGGUGGGAUGACACUAUGGCGCUGCACCCUUGCACUUAACCGAGAACAAACACGCGAGACGCACUGAUCUUGGCAACGAACCUGAUUCGCACGCGCUACAUAGUCGUAUGCACGCUAGUGGGUCUGUUCCAGUCCAGGCUGGAGCAAGGCAAUGCUACUCCAGUGGGGGAGGUGCUUAUGAGGACAGAUUUUUCACUAUCUGCCAUGAGUACAAGAGACUUGCAACCUAGCGAAAGGGGAGAGAAUGAAACCGGAAAGUAACCCCUUCUACACAACAAGAACCACAACGGUGCUGGCUUCCAGCCACCUCUGCCCCAGACCAUGGGCUCACCAAGACUUGGUGGAUAUUAAUGUUUCUAAACUGUACAGUUUUAAUGUACCAAAAGACUCUUUAGCCCGCCUGUAUUAUAAGUCUUUAAAUGGAUUCAACUUUUUAAUUAUAAAUAUAAAUAUAAAUAUAUAUAUAUAAAUAUAAACUUUUUAAAACUGUGAAAAAAAAUUAUGAAAUUAUAAAAAAGAAAGGAAAAAAAAGAAAGAAAGAAAAAAAAAAACAGAAACCACCCCCCCGACACAGUCUGACGUUUAGAAUAUUAUUUUUUAUUUCCUGUUGGAUUGUGAUUGUAAAUGAACCGGGAACAGAUACACGCACCCACCCCUGUCCCCCUACACGCCAGUUGUACUGUACUUCGAGACGCAAACGGUGUGAGCAGAUUUUAAAGAGAGAGAGAGAGAUUGGGAGAGAUUUUAUGCUAAUGUUAAAUAGAAAGCACUUACUGCCCGAUGCCUUCUAUGGAACACGAGGAUAUUUCAGACAAUCGAAAGGAAAGGAGAGCCAGGUUUUUUUUGUCUCUUAUUUUUUGUUCGUUUGUUUCUGUUCUGUUUGUUUUUUGGUUUUUUUGGCAUUUCUGUUUGUUGGAGAAUCCGUGUGAUCUUUUUUCAUAAAAAAAAAAUCAAUUGGAAAAAAAA